CGGAGUAUUAUUUCAUUUCUUAAUACCAUGGCUCCACCACAGUCUUUGGUCUUCACGGUGAGAAGGCGGACGCCGGAGCUUGUUAUUCCGGCGGAGCCGACGCCUAAUGACCUCAAGUUUCUAUCGGAUAUUGACGACCAGGAUGGAUUAAGGUUUCAGAUUCCAAUCAUACAAUUCUACGGCCACCAUCCGUCCAUGAACGGGAGGGACCCCGUGAAGGUGAUCCGAGAAGCACUGGCCAAAGCUCUGGUGUUUUACUACCCCUUUGCCGGGAGGCUCCGGGAGGGUGUUGGCCGGAAACUUAUGGUGGAUUGCACCGGGGAGGGGAUCUUGUUUAUCGAGGGCGAUGCUGACGUCAGGCUGUCGGACUUUGGAGAUGCCCUACAACCUCCAUUUCCAUGCAUGGAUGAGCUUCUUUAUGAUGUUCCUGGCUCCAGUGAUAUUCUCAACUGCCCUUUGCUUCUCAUUCAGAUCACCCGCCUGAAAUGUGGCGGCUACAUCUUUGCACUCCGACUAAACCACACCAUGAGCGACGCAUCUGGUCUUGUCCAGUUCAUGGCCGCCGCCGCCGAAAUAGCAUGUGGCGCCCGUGAGCCGUCCGUGCUCCCUGUUUGGCAAAGGGAAUUGUUGGAUGCCCGGAAACCGCCACGUCCCACGACGGCGUACACCCACCACGAGUACGACCAAGUUCCGGAUUCCAAAGAGAUCAUCAUGCCCUUAGAUGACAUGGUCCAUCGCUCUUUCUUCUUUGGGCCAACGGAGGUCGCCGCUCUCCGCCGUCUCCUCCCCAGUGCUCGACCUUUGAUGUACUAACGGCGUGCCUGUGGCGCUGCCGCACCGCCGCCCUCAAACCCGACCCGGAAGAAGAGGUUCGGGUGCUUUGCAUUGUGAACGCCCGCUCGAGAUUCCGCCAUCAUCCCUUACCGGAAGGAUACUACGGCAACGCGUUUGCGUUCCCGGUGGCGUUGACCACCGUGGGGAAGCUGGUGGAGAAGCCAUUGGGGUACGCGGUGGAGCUGGUGAAGAAGGCCAAAUCUGAAGUGAACGAGGAGUACAUGAGGUCGGUGGCGGAGAUGAUGGUGGUGAAGGGGCGGCCGCAUUUCACAGUGGUGGGGACUUAUCUUGUUUCUGACGUCAGACGGGCUGGGUUCGGCGAGGUUGACUUCGGGUGGGGAAAGCCGGCUUACGGCGGACCUGCGAAAGGAUUUGUCGGAGCCUCCCCCGGAGGUGGUAGCUUCUUUAUCCCAUCGAAGAACGGAAUUGUGGUUACUCUGAGCUUACGUGCCUUUGCAAUGGAAAUAUUCGUGAAGGAGGUUGAUGAUAUGAUAGCCAAAGGACACAAAAAUGGGAUAAGGGUCAGUUUGGUCCUCGAAGUUGCAAAAAGGGGGUCAAAUAAGUCCUUAUAUAGAAGAUUCUAUCCGGACGUGCCAUUUGAGGUGGCUCCCGGUCGAAUUUUUUGAUGAAAUGUUUUGAGCAUCUUAUUCAUUAAGUCUAGUUUACUCA